AUGAAUGUCUCCAACCUUUAUAUACUCCUGCUCUUCCUAAAAUCACCUACAACUUAUGGGCAGUCGCGAAUUGUUGGUGGGUAUUCCGUAUUACCUCACUCCAUCAGGUACCAGGUGUCUCUGAAAAGACCGGGAGGAAUUCAUUAUUGUGGCGGCUCUUUGAUUCAUCGCCGAUGGGUUGUGACUGCCGCACACUGCAAAGUUGGAGGGACUGAGUCUGUGCAGAUAAUUGCAGGGGAGCACUCAAUUACCAGAUAUGAAGGGACCGAACAAACGUUUUGCCCAUCUAAGAUGAUUCCGCAUCCUCGGUAUGACCCAGAGAGCAAAGAUUCUGACAUCAUGUUGAUUAAGCUGUCUCGACCUGCCAGGUUGAACUACUUUGUGGGUAUUGUACCCUUGCCCCGCCGAAGAUCGACACUGCAGGCAGACACAUUAUGCCAAGUAUCAGGAUGGGGAUUCGUCAGUCCGAAUGGGAAGUUCAUACCCAGGAUGCUGAGAGCAGUUAGACUACCCAUCGUGUCUAAUUCGUGGUGUAACCACACUGAGUCAUACAAUGGCAACAUCACAGCCAACAUGAUCUGCGCUGGAUUCAAAACAGGAGGCAAGGAUUCCUGCCAGGGGGAUUCUGGUGGUCCUUUGGUCUGUAAGGGCAGAAUAUACGGGAUAGUAUCAUGGGGCAAGCAUUGUGGAGACGGGAGAUACCCUGGGGUAUAUACAGCUGUGGCAAAGUUCCGUGACUGGAUUAUUAGAACCAUCAACAGAUCAUAA